AUGAUCACCUUCAACUCCCGCGCCGGUCGAUUCCUCGUCUUUCCCGUCUUCGUUGUUUUCGCUCUUAUCUGGUAUACCUUUAGCAACGACUAUUACGGCAAUGCUCCCGUCACCACGACCUUGUAUGCGGGCAAUGGCUACAAUGCCAGCCACCCAAUUGACGCUUUGAUGAACACCGCGGAAACGGACUUCCAUGAGAUCUUGAAAACGGAAUCCCAUGACCUCACAACUGCAGCGGAGAGGUACCGAGCGCGCCAUGGGCGACACCCUCCACCCGGAUUUGCAGAAUGGUUUGAAUUCGCCAAGGAAAAAGACGCCCUGAUCAUCGAAGAGUUCUUCGACCAGAUCUACCACGAUCUAAUUCCAUAUUGGGCUUUGGAGCCGAAGGAAUUGCGCCGACAAGCCAAGAGCAUUCCCACCCGAAUCGUGAUCCGGAACAAGACUGCGAUUUUGAAAACCGACGAACCUAGAGACUGGAUGAACUCAUGGCACGACUUGGUCGCAAAGUUGCAGGAUGGACUUCCCGACCUGGAUAUGCCGAUCAACGUUAUGGAUGAGACUCGGCUGGUGGUUCCCUGGGAGACUAUCAACGAGUACAUCCAGAAGGAACAAGCGAGUCGCACUAUGCCGAGCGCAAACCAUGUCGUCUCGGAGUAUAUGUCCUUGGCUGACUGGGAUCGCGAGGAUCUGGAAUCAUAUGACCCCGCGUUCGCAGUUCCUGGCGAAGGAGGAUACUGGCAGAUGGCAAAGAUCGGCUGUCCACCAGGCAGUCCCGCACGCACCACCACUCUGCCCAAGGUUGAUUUCGGCACCCCUCCUUGGGAAUUUGACAACUUCGAAAGGAUGUCUUAUCAUGGCUAUGUAUCGAACUUCACUCUGGCUAAGGAUCCCUGUGUGCGUCCAGAGAUGCAGGUUUUGCAUGGAACUUUCCUCGAGCCUAUCUCCGUAUCAACCUCACAUAAGUUGCUUCCACUGUUCGGCGGUUCCAAGCUCCCCAUGAACAACGAGAUCCUACUUCCUCCGGCGAUGUACUGGGCACAAAAUGAGCACUACUCCGGUGGCGAGAAUGAACACGGCGGUGCUUGGGAAGACAAGACCAACAAGUUCAUGUGGCGUGGGGCUGCCACUGGAGGCCGUGCCCGGGAGCCAAAUUGGACAGGCUUCCAGAGACACCGGUUCAUGUCGAUGAUGAAUGCAACCUCCGUCCGACAAGCCGAGAAAAACAACAGCCACGGGAUUAACUUCCGGCUUCCAAACUACGACGAUUACAAGUUGAACGGCGAAGGCUUUGUGCCAAAGCUUCUCGAAGAACACACCGACACGGGCUUCAACCAUCUGGUUUGCACGCCCUACAAUGAGGCAGACCCGACCUGUCCUUAUCUUGACCCGUACUUUGAAGUCGCGCCGGGUAUGCCAAUGAAAGCAAUGUACGACUACAAGUACCUGCCUGAUCUUGACGGGAAUUCUUUUAGCGGCCGGUACCGUGGAUUCAUGCUAUCGACCUCACUCCCCAUCAAAGCUACUAUCUACAAUGAGUGGCACGACUCACGAUUGAUUCCCUGGAUACACUUCGUGCCUAUGGACACUACAUACGUCGAUGUGUAUGGAAUCAUGGCAUACUUCCUUGGUGGGCGUGAUGAUAUCGCUCGUAAGAUUGCUCUUGCUGGCAAGGCCUGGGGCGAAAAGGUUCUCCGAAGGGAAGACAUGGAAAUCUACACAUAUCGUCUUCUCUUGGAGUAUGCUCGCAUUUGCGAUGAUCGCAGAGAGUUUCUUGGAUACACGGAUGACAUCUUUGUGCCUUGA